GGUAAAUACACAUUAAUGUGGGUACAAAAAGGGGAAAGAAAAAAUGAGACCAGCUUGAAGAUUCUGCAUCCUUAUUAUUAUUCCUCACACCCUCAUGACGAGGUUGCAACUCUGAAUACGAGAAGUCGUAGGAACAGGCAACACUUGACAACAAAUCCAGAUUCACUCUUUCAUUCAUACAUUUAUUUCAUCAAUUAUCUCCAAAAUCCACACCUACUAGUCAAUAAUACUAUCUUUGAGUACACUUUUUCUUCUUCUCACUAUUCACUCGCUUUCAUUCACUCCAUUGACUCUGCACCACCCCUUUCAUCUUUGGUUGGUAAGAUCACCAAAAUGGAGAAAAUAAAAAUCCUGCCUUUAACUUAUGUUCUUUAGAAAAUCUCUGUUUUGUUUGUUAAUACCCAUGUGGUGUAUCCUUGUUGUUCCCAACAUCACAUGUUCGAAUGUUGAUUUGGCACCCCUGUUAGAUCUCGGGGUGGUUUUUAUGUUGUGGCACAGAAGUUUCUGAAAUUUUGAUGACCAUGUGAUGAAUUUCGCUCCUUUUUAUUCAGUGGUGACUUCCUUCACAUUCAAAAUUGGAUCUUACACAGAACCAAGAGGGUGGUUGCCGUAAAAGAUUUUGUUUUUAUUUUAUUUUUUUGGUUUGAUUUGUAAUUGUGAGCAAGAUGCAAUCUAGGGGUGUGGCACUUGAAGAGGGAAAGGAAAGAAGCAGCCAAUCGAAGCCUUUGAGACCACUGCGGCUACUUGUGUUGUUUUUUGCUCUCUGUGUUGUGUUUUCGGUCAUUAGCAUAUACACGGUUAAGCAUUUUGGAAUUGAGAGUAUGGUGACUACAAUGAGUUCUAAUUUUCAGCCAUGUUAUUAUGAGGAGCCUGGUGGUUUGGAUAAGUGGAUUAGGCCACCUUUGAGCCUGAUCCACAAUAUGAGUGACAAAGAACUGCUGUGGAGGGCUUCUUUUGUUCCAAGGAUCAAGGAUUAUCCAUAUCCUAGAAUUCCCAAGAUUGCAUUCAUGUUCCUGACCAAGGGACCAUUGCCUCUGGCACCCCUUUGGGAGAGGUUUUUCAAGGGUCAUGAGAAGUUGUUUUCCAUAUAUAUUCAUUCACUGCCCUCAUAUCAACCUCAGUUUCCUCCUUCUUCUGUCUUUUACGGCAGGCAAAUCCCUAGCCAGGUUUCUGAGUGGGGAAGGAUGAGCAUGUGUGAUGCUGAAAGAAGACUCCUUGCUAAUGCAUUGCUUGACAUCUCCAACGAGUGGUUCAUACUUCUCUCUGAGUCAUGCAUUCCCCUUUACAAAUUCAGUUUUGUCUACCAUUACAUAAUGAAAUCCAAACACAGCUUCAUGGGUGCAUUUGAUGAUCGGGGUCCAUUUGGAAGAGGGCGCUACAACGAGAACAUGGCCCCUCUGGUGAACAUCACCAAGUGGCGCAAGGGCUCGCAAUGGUUUGAAGUAAACCGAAAGGUCGCCAUCACCAUAGUUGAAGACACCAAGUUCCAUCCGAUAUUCGAGCGAUAUUGCCGGCCGGCUUGCUAUGUCGACGAGCAUUACUUCCCGACGAUGCUCACCAUUCAAGCAGCAAAUGUUUUGGCCAACAGAAGCAUAACUUGGGUGGACUGGUCUAGGGGUGGAGCUCACCCAGCAACAUUUGGAAGAAAUGACAUCACUGAGGAGUUUUUCAACAGAGUACGAGGAGGUCAUACAUGUUUGUACAACAAUAGAAACUCUUCUGUUUGUGUGCUUUUCGCCAGAAAAUUUGCUCCCAGUGCUUUGGAACCUUUGUUACAGAUGGUUGAUUCAAAGGUAUUGGAGUAUUGACAUAUACUGUGUUGUUACUUUCCGUUGAAACUUGAGGGAAAAUAGAGAUGUAGAAUAAAGUGCUUAGAUAUACUAGCGAGAUUUAUCAUAUGGCUUGUGACAUCUGUCAACAUCCAAUUUCUUCGAGAUUUAUCAUAUGACUUAUGACAAUUAUCAACAUUCAAUUUCGUCAAGAUAAUUGCAUUGUUAGAGAGUGCUAGGUGAUAGAGUGACCCCAUUUCAUACACAAGUUGAGUCAUUUUUGAAUGUACAAAAGAGACAUGUUUGAUCAUACUUUUGUUUAAUAUUAACUUCAUGGAUCUUUGUUCU